AUGAGUAGUUCGACAUAUGUUCACGGUAGUUCCGAAAAGGACGAACACGUUGGUUAUAAAGAUGAUGCUGAGUAUGUGCGUUCGAGUUGGACAUUGUGUUUGAAAUCGCGAAAGAAUAUGAAAAGGAUAACCGUUGUAAUGAGAAGCGCCGAGAGAAUGGAUCGAGUUUUUGGAAACACUUGGAUAAGCACCGAGAAAUGGUGGACAAAGGUUCAUCCAACUGACCUAAAUGUGCCUAAAGAUAUCACAUUGCAUCCGAUGGAGUAUUUAUUCAAUCCACCGAUUACAAACAUAGGGAAAUAUUCGACGCAACUCGUCUAUCGAGCCCUCCGUAAUCGAGGUGUCGAUGCUCCAACGAUUUAUUGUAGUCCAACAUUGAGGACUGUGCAGACGGCGAUGUGCAUUGCGAAAACGAAUGAAGCGAAAAUUUGUAUUGAGCCCGGACUUGUUGAGCCGGUUGAGUGGUAUCGAUUCGGUGGCGCCCAGUAUAUGCCGGAUUUUCGGGGUUCCUAUGGUCUCUCACAUGCAAUUGAUCAGUCAUACAAACCAAUUUUCGCUCUUGAAGAAAUUGAGUUGGGAUUUGCUACGAAAACACAGGAGCAGUGUAUUCAAAGAAUCAUGUUUGUGCUUCGAAAUAUAUGCGGACAGCAACGAGAUCAUCCUGCAAUUAUCAUCGGACACGCCAUCACAAUGGACAUCGCUUCGAGAAUUGGACAACACGGAGACAAUAUCGAAGAAGAUCGUAAGGAUGAAUACACUUCCUAUGAGGAUCCCAUAUAUAGCUGCGAUGUGAAUAAUCGCAGUCAGAAGCUUGAUCUCGGAGUGCGCUAUCCACCAGGAAGCGUUAUGGCUCUCCGACGAGUUAACGACUCCCCGCCGUAUGUGCUCGAAACUGUGCCGAAUAUCAUUCCGCCUCUUACCGCCGGACUUUGCACCAACAAAAUCGCUCAUUGA